CAAAAUAGGGGGCACUAACUCACACACACACACACACCCCUUCCCACCAAACGUAUUGUCACGGUAUAUACGGACGACCCAACCAAACGUGAAGUACAUUUUCAAAACACAACACGAUUUUUGAUUUUUGGACAUCAAUUGAAUUGAAUUAAAUUCAUUACACAAUCAUUUGAGUGUGAGGGAUGGCAUUGGCGAGCACUUUGUACCGCACUUUGCUGAACAAGACGUCGACGACGGCAGUGAUCGUGAUAGUGGGCGCCCUCUUCUACGAGAGGGGUGUGCAGACACUGAGCGACACCAUAUGGGACGCCUACAACCCUGGGAAACAGUGGAAAGACAUCAAACAUUUGUAUGAGAAGUGAUUUGACAACUAUUUAAUGGAUUCAUUGAAUAUUCAAUUUAUUGGAUUCACGUUUAGAUAAAUAAUUACAAAUUUAUUUCAAAUUUAGAGAUUAAUGUAUAAAUAAAAGUAUUUAAUAAUUUAGGCAAUGAUUUUGGUUUUAAUAAAAUUCACA